CAUCCAGUCUAGGCCGAUAUUGCUGGAAACAGUACCAAUUUAAAUAAAUUACUAAUCACUGAACACUAGUCGGGAUAUCAGCCGCGACUGGGAAUAGAACCCGGACCGCUGGCGUUGUAGUCCAACCUGCUAACCACUGCGCCACUGACUCCCUAUUGGUUUGGGAUUUCUUUUUACGCAACUCAAUGCCAUUGUAGAUUCAUUUACCAAUAACUGAUUGGAGGAAUUAUGUUCCUAUAAACAUCUCUAUAAAUGUAUAGCUACUUAUAAAGAACCGGAUAACCUGGUUACGUUAGAAACAAAAUCUGUAUUACAGGUAAAGGACGGAAAUGGUAAACAGUUGGGAUAUUUUACAACAAGUGAUAAUAUUCCGUUUCUUGUUUCUAAAGAGGGAUUCUAUAUUCGUCUUAGAUCGAACAGCAAUGACAACGCUAGAGGUUUUAAUGCUUCAUGGAGUCCUCUACGUAUAAUUGAUGCUGUACAUAUGGGAUGCGCGUCCAAGGGUUGGAAUGUAGCAGUGAAUAUGACCAUCCUGCGUGCACUAUAUCCGGACACUGGCGCAUCUCAGAUUAAACUGUCGGAACAAGAUUGUACAGGUCAGGUAAUGGGGGAUCUGGUUGUGUUCAAACAGAGCUACACAAAAUGUUCGACAACAUCAAAGACAACCGGAGAUACAUUGAUAUACGACAAUCAACUUGUGUACCCGGAGUCCAGGACACCUUUCCCAAUUAUAGUUCAUGGAUACAGAUGGAGGGUUGACGUAGAAUGUGAUGUAUCCAGAGUGGAAGAGGUAUCUACAAACUUCCAUCCAAACCGAACAAUUAUAAACGAAAACCAGCACGUUAGUUCCUCGUCACAUUACAAAUCAGAAGUGAAGUUUUUCUCUGAUGGUACAUUCUACAAGCAGAUAUUUGGCAACCCGAUAUCACUGAAAACUGGUGAGAAUGUUUAUGUGUCUGUGACAAUGAAUUCUGAUGAUGUUCAAGUGAAAAUGAGACUCCACACAUGUUAUACGAAGCCUGAUCCUAAUGCAGAUGCGAGACUCACAUAUCCACUUAUACAAAAUGGGUGCGUGGUUGACCCGGAUACACACAUUCUGUCACAAGGAACGCACGAGACCCGUUUCGUUUUCAGUGCCUUUGAGUUUCCACAGAGUCAUAACAGCGUGUAUAUAUUCUGUAACUCCACGUUCUGCAAGACUACGGACACGAGCGACAGAUGUACACAAGUUUGUCAUGGUUCACCUGCACUUGUUGGACGUUCUCUUUGGACACUGGAUAGCUACGCAGACCGCCAGAAGAGAUUUAUGCUAACUUAAUUGCAUUUCAUGUUACAGUAUCAUUGAAAAUAAACUUUAGAAGAUCUUGA